AGAAGAUGACAGCGAUCAAAAAUUUGCUUUGACAGUAAACUUACUUGUGUUCGGCUGCUGAUUUUCGCCAAACAUGACCGAAUUAGCAGACCGAUUUAACUAUGUUUAUAGCUGUGACCUGGACAUCAAUGUUCAAAUCAAGAUUUGUACAUUGGAAGGCCUCAGGGACCGACCUAGCUACAAGGAGUUAGCUAGCGAUCCCAUGCUGAAGUUCUCUGGGCUUUACGAGGAAGGCUGCUCUGAUCUCUAUGUCACCUCACAGGUAUACACGGAGGAAAGUGCCCUCGCAUUACCUGUGCAAACCUCCUACAAAGCCUUCACGUCUCGGUGGAACUGGAAUGAAUGGCUGACAUUGCCCCUGAAGUACAGUGACCUACCAAGAAACGCAGUACUGGCUCUAACAAUAUGGGAUAUAUAUGGAACAAACAAAGCCCUACCCGUUGGGGGCACUGUUAUUACAUUAUUUGGAAAGUCAGGAACUUUUCGACAGGGUAUGCAUGACUUAAAACUGUGGCCCAAGGUGGAGGCAGAUUAUCACAUGCCUUCCACAACUCCUGGUAAAGCAAAGGAUGCUGGAGACCAGAUGAGCAGACUGGCCAAGUUAAGCAAGAAGCACCGAGAUGGUCAUAUUGCAAAGGUAGACUGGCUGGAUAGGCUGACAUUCCGAGAAAUGGAGAUGGUGAACGAGAAGCAGAAGAGAGAUUCUAACUUUAUGUACCUUAUGGUGGAGUUCCCUUAUGUCCACUUCGACGGUGUCGAGUACGCCAUUGUCUACUUUGAAAAGGAUGGGGACGAACCGUACAUAUUUAACCCCCAGCCAGAAGUGGUCUCGGUACCAGACCCAGAUAUUCGUAUGGAGAACCUGGUGGAGAGUAAGCACCACAAACUGGCCCGUAGUUUACGCAGUGGACCCACAGACAGGGACAUGAAACCUGAGGCCAAGACUAGGGACCAGCUUAACACUAUAAUGGGCUACCCUCCAACCAAAACCCUGUCAUCAGAGGAGGAAGACCUGGUGUGGAAAUUCCGCUUCUAUCUGUCCAGUCAGAAAAAGGCUUUGACAAAGUUCCUGAAAUGUGUGAACUGGGAUUUGGCUCAGGAAGUGAAGCAGGCUCUGGACAUGUUGACUGUCUGGAGCCCCAUGGAUGUGGAGGAUGCCCUGGAGCUAUUGUCGCCCAUGUUCACACACCCCUUUGUCAGGAAGUACGCCGUUACGAGGCUGAGGCAGGCUGAUGAUGAGGAUCUAUUAUUGUACUUACUACAACUUGUACAAGCCCUUAAGUAUGAAGACUUCGAGGAGAUCAAGUCUGGGCUGGAUGACACAGCCCCUCCCCAGAGGCGAGACUCUGUAGGAAGAGCUGACAGUCCAGGGCCUCUGGACAAAGAAAGAUCUCACAGUACCAGCUCUCAUGACUCCAUCUUUGAUGCUCUUGGAGGGACAAUAAAAGCUGAGGAAGAGGACAAGAAACUAGAGAAAGAAAUGGAUUUGGCCACCUUUCUCAUCUAUCGAGCUUCCAACAAUUCCAUUUUAGCGAACUAUUUUUAUUGGUACCUAGUUGUGGAGUGUGGGGACGCAGAUCUCUCCAAGGACCAGAGGGUGUCAGACCUCUACAUCAUGGUGAUGAAGCGAUUCAGUCAGGCUCUAAUGAAGGGUGGUAAGGAAUGUCGUCUGAGGCGGUCCAUCAUUGCCAGACAGCAGAUGUUCAUGGACAAACUGGUGCAGCUGGUGAAAAUUGUGGCUCGUGAAAGUGGCAACAGGAAGAGAAAGAUUGAGCGUCUCCAGGCCCUUCUCACUGACCCCGAGGCCUGUAAGACAAACUUCGCAAGUUUUGAGCCACUGCCCCUCCCACUGGACCCUGAGAUCAUUGUGAAGGGCGUGGUCCCCGAGAAAGCCUCCCUGUUCAAUAGUGCCUUAAUGCCUAGUAGGCUAACAUUUAAAACCACGGAUGACACAGAGUAUGUAACUAUAUUUAAGCUGGGGGAUGAUCCCAGGCAGGACCAGCUUAUCUUACAGAUAAUACGGCUGAUGGAUAAGCUGUUAAGGAGAGAGAACCUUGAUCUGAAGUUGACUCCAUAUAAAGUUCUAGCCACAAGUAGUAAACAUGGUUUUGUACAGUUUAUAGAAUCUGUAGCUGUGGCUGAGGUUUUAGAUAAAGAGGGAUCAAUUCAGAACUACUUCAGGAAAUACGCCCCUUCUGAAAAUGGGCCAUACGGGAUAGCACCUGAUGUCAUGGAUAACUAUGUCAAAAGUUGUGCUGGCUAUUGUGUCAUAACAUAUCUUUUGGGGGUUGGAGAUCGGCAUCUUGACAAUUUACUACUCACCAAAUCAGGUAAACUCUUCCACAUAGACUUUGGUUACAUCCUGGGGCGUGAUCCCAAGCCCAUGCCCCCUCCCAUGAAACUGAGCCGGGAGAUGGUGGAAGCAAUGGGAGGCACCAACUCUGAGCAGUUCCACGAGUUCAAGAAACUCUGUUAUACAGCAUUUCUACAUCUGAGGAGGUCAGCCAACCUGAUUCUGAACUUGUUCUCUUUGAUGGUUGAUGCUAAUAUACCCGAUAUUGCCCUGGAACCUGACAAAACAGUCAAAAAGGUCCAGGACAAGUUUGUGUUGAACUUAAGCGACGAGGAAGCAGUUCAUUACAUGCAGAGCCUGAUAGACGUGAGUGUGUCAGCCAUGAUGGCUGCCCUGGUGGAACAGAUGCACAAGAUAGCUCAGUACUGGAGAAAGUGAUUCUUGGCUGGCUGAUAAUCUGUGAAUGAUAUUAUUCGACCAACUCUAAAGGUGCUAAUGGAAAAGCACCUUUAAAUACCUUAAUUUAGGUAUUUAAAGGUGCUUAAAGCUGGAGUCUAAAUACCUUAUUAGCCUCCAGCUCACCAUGGUUGUUUUUGGCAAAGCAGAACAGCAUUUAUGUGCUGUAUACAAGAAGUGUAACUCCUAAUCACAAAAGACUUAUUUUCACUCGAUAAUAUAACACUGAUGAUGGCACCUCAAAGAGCCAAAAUGUCAAGUCAAAAUGAAUCUUUUCGAAGUCACAUUACUCAUUUGUGACAUCAAACUGAUCAGUGGACCAAAAGGUUCAGCUGUAAUGUGCUACAAGAUUUCAAAAUGAAUUUUUUCAUUUUUCGAAGUUACAUUACUCAUUUGUGACAUCAGAAUGAUCAGUGGACCAAAAGGUUCAGCUGUGAUGUGCUACAAGACUUCAGAAUGAAUCUUUUUGUUUUUCAAAGUCACAUUACUCAUUUGUGACAUCAAACUGAUCAGUGGACCAAAAGGUUCAGCUGUAAUGUGCCACAAGACUUCAAAAUGAAUUUUUUCGUUUUUCGAAGUCACAUUACUCAUUUGCAACAUCAAACUGAUCAGUGGACCAUAAGGUUCAGCUGUAAUGUGCUACAAGACUUCAGAAUGAAUCUUUUCGUUUUUCAAAGUCACAUUACUCAUUUGUGACAUCAGAAUGAUCAGUGGACCAAAAGGUUCAGCUGUGAUGUGCUACAAGACUUCAGAAUGAAUCUUUUCGUUUUUCGAAGUCACAUUACUCAUUUGUGACAUCAGACUGAUCAAUGGACCAAAAGGUUCCGCUGUAAUGUGCUACAAGAUUUGAAACUUACAUUAAUGAUUUGAGGACAGGUUAACUGAGUCCCUGGCUGUAUGAAAAGGAUGUAUUAAAACCUGAAUGACAGUGAUGAUAAUAAAAUUUUUAAUAA